UCACAAAUUAAGUUAAAAUCUAAUAAUAUUUCAUUCAAGAUGAUUUCUAUUUCAAAAGUAACUUUAAUUUUCCUAUUUGCCUAUUCUCUUGAUCAGUGUUUUGGUUUGGUAAUAGACAGUGAUCAAAGUGAUGAACUUAUUGGGGUGGCAGUUGUUUAUCGACACGGUGAUAGAGGUCCUGAUGAAUCAUAGCCUAAUGAUCCUUAUUUUGAUGUUAAGUAUUGGCCAAAAGGAUUGGGACAACUCCUAGAUGCAGGAAAAUUAAGUCAAUUUAAUCUGGGAAGUUGGUUAAGGUCCCGUUAUGAUGGUUUUUUGCCCGAAGUGUAUAAUGCUCAAGAUAUUUUGGUCAGAUCGACCGAUCUCGACAGAAUAUUGAUGUCGGCUGCUUCGAAUUUAGCAGGCCUGUAUUACCCAACAAACGAAUCCACCAUUUGGAAAAAGAAUUUACCUUGGGAUCCAAUUCCUAUUCACACGAUACCCUACAAAGACAUUGCUGUAAUAUAUCCAGAAAACAUUUGUCCAAAGUUUGAGGAACUGUAUAACUCGACCUUAUAUUCGUCAUAUUUUAAAAACGUUUUACAAAAACAUGAAGCCAUUACAACGUUUAUUGAGAAAAAAACUGGAUGGAAUAUCGAAGAACUUGGAUAUUUCGAAACGCUCUAUACAGUAUUUUACAUUUACAAUAUGCACAAUUCAUCUUAUUUACCCGAAUGGGCAGAUCAAAUCGAUAUGAGCGAACUAAAUUAUUUAGCAGGAUUACAUUUUUCCAUAGGAACUUUUACCACCGAAAUGCAACGUCUUAAGAUCGGUCCAUUUUUUAAUAACCUUCACAAUUACUUUGACGGAAUUAUUAAUGGAACAAAUCCUAAAUUUUUGAUGAUUUCUGCUCACGAUGAAACUAUAGCGUCAGUUUUAAAUAGUUACGGUGUUUAUGACUAUCAUUUACCCGAAUUCGCAGAAACGAUAAUUUGGGAAUUGUAUAAGAGCGCAAACGAUGAUGUUUACCUGAGAAUUUAUAAUAAAAAAUGUAAAGAUUUUAAGGAAUUAGAUGUAAAACAGUGUCAACACCAAUGCAGUUAUGAUAAGUAUCUGGAAAUGAUGCAGUCAAUUUCUGUAGACUCUAACCAAUGGAAAACGGAAUGUAAAGGAAGUGUAUAAGGAUGAAAUAAAAUUUCACUGAAG